AUGGUACUAGUUCCAGUUCAAUUCGAUGGCACAGGAUAUCGAUCCUGGAGAAGAGGAGUCAUGCGAGCUUUGUCAGUGAAGAACAAGCUCGGGUUCAUCAAUGGUAGCUGUGUUAAACCAACUGUGAAUUCACCUCAAUCACGUCAAUGGCAACAAUGUGAUGAUAUGGUAACUUCCUGGAUCUUAAAUUCCCUCACUAAGGAGAUUUCAGAUGGUGUGGAAUAUGUUAAUGAUUCAGUGGAACUUUGGAAAGAACUUGAAGAUAGGUAUGAUCAGACUAAUGGAGCAAAGUUAUAUCAGAUCCAGAAGGAAAUUAAUGAUCUCAUACAAGGUAAUUUGGACAUCACUGUCUAUUACACUAGAAUCAAAAAGCUUUGGGAAGAAUUGAAUACUCUGGAUAUGAGAAAUUAG